AUGUCGCGUAAGAGGAUUUUGGCCUCUAGAAAUGACAAAGCUCACCCGGAAGGUGAUCAGUACCUCACCCGUAGCAACUUUCAAUCUACUAUAACUCUUCACAUGCCGGAAAAGGAUCCGCUCCGCACCCCUUCGCCUCCUCCCCCCCUCCCCCACCUCCACACUGCCGCCAUCCACCACACUGAACACUCUCAUCACCUGGCGUCCCAUCUGACGGCCGACCAACGGCACGAGCAUUUCAUAGAAGAAAGGAGAGAGAUGGCCAAGCGUGAGGUGGACAAGGUUGAGGAAAAGAGAAAGAUGAUGCACGAGCACAGACAUGAGACUGAGACUGACAACAAGGUGUAA